UCUAAUCAACCGCACGCGUGGCCUCUAUACACCACACAGUCAUGUUCGCCCUCGUUCCCCGCGAUCUUGAGAAUUUCUAGCACCGCCAAUUCGAUGUCGAAAUUAUGAAGGAUCGGAGCUCAUCUGAUAACUGGCUUCAAGACCCAACACUGGCAUCAUGAGCUUGGAUCCAGGCACCUUUCCGCGUGCCGACUCCCCCGCAAGCUCCGAUAGCUCCUUCACUCGCUCGCGACUUCGUUCCAACCAUGACGAACACUUGAAAAAGGACAAGAACUACCGGCGUUAUGCGUCUACGGUUGAGAGAGCGUUGUCUCUCUUCGACACGACUCUUCAAGAAUGGGCAGAUUAUAUCUCAUUUCUGAGUCGCCUUCUCAAGGCACUCCAGUCCCAUCCUCCCGAUUUGCCCGUCGUGCCCCAUAAGGUCACUGUUGCUAAAAGAUUAGCACAAUGUUUGAAUCCGUCAUUACCUUCUGGUGUACACCAGAAGGCUUUAGAGGUCUACACAUAUAUAUUUGGGCUGCUCAAGCCCGAAGGCUUGUCUCAGGACCUAUCUUUAUACUUCCCCGGAGUGGCGCCCACUCUGACUUUCGCAUCUCUCUCUGUACGGCCGUUGUUUAUAUCUCUACUUGAGACCUAUCUCCCAGAACUUGAACCAAUAGCAAUUCGCCCUGCUUUGAAAGCCAUAAUCCUCGCCUUGCUCCCGGGUCUCGAGGAGGAGACAAGCGACGAUUUUGAAGCGACUCUUCGCACCCUCAACAAGAUCCGUAGUGUUGCCAGCCAGAUGGACACACGCAGAUCUAGUUUGAAUCAAUCUGCUGGAGGACAGUACUUCUGGCAGUGCUUGUUUUUGGCCUCAAUCACAAAUCCCAGUAGACGUCUUGGUGUUUUGGCAUACCUCAACCGCCACCUACCAAAACUAGGCCUUACUGAUUCAAAGAGUGCUCGAUCAGAGAAAGAAGAAAUCCAGGAGAUACCCACUGACUCAGCGGCGGUUGCCGAAUCAGUCAUCUCUCCAGAACCGGGUCUGCUUAUUCGCUGCUUUGCCAGCGGUUUGACUGAUGACCAGCUUCUCGUGCAACGUAAUUUUCUUGAUCUAUUAGUGACGCACCUGCCGUUGCAUUCUCCAAUCCUUCAAUCAAAAAUUAGGCGAGAUGACUUCGAACGAUUAAUCCUAGCUGCAGCCGGGGUCGUCAGUCGUCGAGAUAUGAGCCUGAACAGAAGACUUUGGUCUUGGUUCCUCGGACCAGAGCCUACAAACGCUACAGCUGAAUCGCCACAUCCUGACAAUGAAAAACAGCAACCGGCUCCAAUAGAUGGCGCAGAGCAAUCGCAGUCUCAGUAUUUCAGUAAAUUUGGACUGGAUCCCUUGGUACGGGGUAUUAUCAAGAUGAUCAACCAAGGCUCAACCCAGCCGGCUGAAAGAAGCAAGCCUCUACGUAUUGCACUAUCUCUCAUGGAUCGAUGGGAAGUUGGAGGCUUUGUUGUUCCUGCUGUGUUCUUGACCAUCCUGCGUAAUGUCCAAGAGUAUGAAAAGACUGCGACGAAACCACACUUUGAAGAAGUCUUCCGCAGUGCUAGCGCUUUUUUCGAUGGCGUGGAGAGUGGCCUCAUUUUCUCGGAAUUGUUGUACCUGAUUAAUAUCGACCUCAAAUCUCGCCAUAGCAACAUUGAAAAAAAAGUGAACGACCUAAAGCUCGCGCAUUUUAUUCUCGCCAACUUUAAUGUGCGCGAAGAAGAAAUGGUCUUGAUUCACGUGCCAUUGUUAACACUAUCUAUAUUAACAAAGGCAAAUGAAGUCUUGUUGACUCGAUCUGAAUCUCACCCUGAAGAUAAUAGAAUUCUGCUGCAGCACUUGAUCAAACUUCUGAAUUUCUUGUUGAAUUUGCUCCCGGAAAGGUCGUUUUUGAUCAAAGCUGCUUCUGAGAAAUCAGCUCACGACCCAACCAAUGUUGACGAUUCGGUGAUUUCUCAUAGAAUACGUGAAUUCUAUGAUCAUAGCAGGGAAAGUCUCGAGCUUCCACCACUUCCCUUUGCGCCUCGUACGCUUGCAGAAUUGAUCUUAAGAGCAGCACAUCAUUUGUCCAUCUCAUCCUUGAAGGAUACGAGCUGCAGUCUUUCAGUCAGGGAGACUCUCAGUCUUCUGGUUGCUCUUCUUAAAAAGACACCUAAAUCCCGGAUUUUAUCAGACUCGAGUCUCAUAAAUACCUUUCACUCAAGCCUAAAGUACAAUGCCUCAGAACUCAAUACUCAGCGAUUCUCUAUUAUUUCAUCCGUCACUUCUACUGUUACCGCCCUUUAUGGCAUUCAUAGCUCCGGUUAUUAUAUUGACUACCAGCAAAUAUGUGAUCUGAUACCCAUUUUAGUCAGCACUUUAUGGACUUUCCUGUCUCCGAAAUGUCCCAAAUUCCAUGUUGAAGCUGUCCGCUGCAUGUGGUUGCUACAUUCAAUUACUUGGCAAGACCACUUGGUAGAGGCUUCGAUUACAUCUCUGAUGGUUGGACAAGGGUCUUCCAAUAUCAAUCAAGGGUCUAAUAUACAGAACGUGGAGAAAUUUUUUGUGCUUUGGAAUCAUAGCCACCAAUGGCAACAAGAGUCUUCUCUAACCCGAAUCACGGAAGAAAACCCAAUGAAUGGGAAGCCGACUACAGGGAAUGACCGUUCUCUGUACCAGGUUUCCCUCCUCCAGCGGCCUCUUUUCAUCACCUUGGACUCAUUAUCUCAGCCGACAGACGAAGUUUCGCAACUAGUUCGCGACUGGAUCCAAGACAUGCCAGCAAUUCAGAAGGUUUUAUAUAUACUCGUUUCAGCUCUUGAGUCCCUUGUUGAUAUUGAGCCUGGGCCCGAUAAUAGAACCGGGCUCAUAUCACCAGAUGGACAGCGAGAAUGCCAUUACUUACUUCAAACUCUGUCAAACGUAAUCGCAGCCCUUUCACAGAGUGGAUGGGUUAUUCUCCUAUCUCAUUCAGUUUCGCCGAUUGAAAAGGCUCGCGAGUCUACAGCGGAAGAUGUGGUCGAAGCAAAGACACUUCAAACAACGAUUGCUGAAAUAGCACUUGCCUUGUGUGGGUCUAGAUCACAGCCCGGCGUCGAGAUGGAUAAAGAAGAAGAAACAUUGCAGAGAAUGGCGCUCUUGGUCCUUCGACAAUUAUUGCUAGGAUUUGGUGCCGAGCAAAUAGUUGAUACUAACAUCCAUAUCAUUCUUAUUGAGAAAUUGUCCAAUGCUCUGGAUCAGGGCAGCGAUAGCGUGCAAAGCACAGUCAUUGAAACCCUUCUAGCUGCUCUCAAAGCAAAAUAUGCUCAUUUGCAGCCUUCGCCUAACGGUACGAAACACAAGAGGGCCGGGUCAAAGGGCUCUCUUAGGAGUGCUUCCAUCCUCUCUAUGAGCACCGAUCGAGUGGACAAGAUACAGCAGCCGCCUCCUGUGCCUCAACCACCUGAACAACUGCUGGAUUGUCUGUUGAAGGGAAUUAGCUCGCCCAAAUCCCGGGGGUGUUUGGAAAAAUGGAUUCUUCUACUAAGUGAAUGUCUUCCUUUUUAUGGAGAAUCCAUAUUCCAAAUUCUGUUGAUGCUCGUCGAAUGUUUCUGCCGAGAAGUGCGGUCUUCGUUUUCUAAUCUCCAAGAAGUAUUCAAAAAGACAGAAAACUGGGCAGAGGACCGGUCAGAAUACGUAACAAUUGUGUUACUUACGGGAUUGGAGACAUGCAUAGCUACUGCACAUGAACGGCUCCAUGCUGAGGUGGUGACUACACCUACUGUCCGAAGCCCGGACCAACCUCAAGGCUUCUUUGGAAAUAUGGUUUCUAAUGUCUUCCAAUCCGACGGAGCACCAACGAGAAAUGUGGCCAAUGACAGGUUGACUGUUUUGCUGUGCUUCCAAGACGCGGUUCGAUUGUGCUUCUCUAUCUGGUCAUGGGGUGCUAGCAACAAAGCCAGCGCAUCUUACGACCCAGAGUCAGCUGCCUCUUUUCAAUAUACAUCCUUACGAAUGAGAAACAGGUCACGUCGUCUGUUGGAACAUUUGUUCACUGCAGAGGCCCUCGAAUCACUUGAAACACUUGUAGAGUUGUGGUGCAAGACUGACCAUACUGAGACGUCACAGGCUGCUCACGUCUUCAAUCUUCUUCAUACACUUGAUAGAGCGCGGCCAAAGGUCAUUAUUCCGGCUAUCUUCAACGCCAUAUAUAGCCGAACAAAUCCUGCAGCACUCGAUCCAAAUCGGAAAUCUGCACUCGCCUCCAAUAUUUCCGAGUCCGAGCUGUCGGCCUUUUUGGUUACUUAUGCGCGGUCUCUUGAUGACGAUGUCUUGGAUGAGAUAUGGGGAGACUGUACCACGUUUUUACGGGAUGUACUGGCAAAUCCUUUUCCGCAUCGGCAAAUUCUGUCGCGUUUGGUGGAAUUUGCGGGAAUACUGGGAACCAAGAUGGAAAAUACAAGUUUCGGUGACGAUCGUCGCAUGAGGAAGGAACUCGGCGAUCUCCUGCUUCGUCUUCUUGCUGCUAUAUUCACCAGUAAACCUAUGGGACUCUCCCAAGAUUCAGGAAUAUCUGCCCGCCAAUCGUCAGAUUACGAAGGAAUCCAAUCAUCCCAUGUCGGGCCAGAUGAUAUGCUGAGCAUCUUGACCGUGUCAUUGCCGGCUUUUAUAACGACGUUAGGCGAGACAGACCGAAUCACCAACGCGGUCUCUAGUAUUUCGACCAAUGUUAUCUCCCCGAUUUUCCGCUCACGCCUAUUUCCAAACAAUGUGAACAAGAAUGUACUGCAGCUACUACAGCAGAUUUCCAAAAUCUCAACAAGCUCCAAAGUGUGGAAAAAGGAUAUUGGCGAUGCUUUCAACGACCCCAGAUUUUUUGGCUGCCAUGUAGACUUGGUCAAAACUGGCUGGAUGGGUCUUUUACGCCAAUUGAUUCUUGUGGAUAAGGAACGCUUUGCUGAGUUGUUAUCUCGCCUAACACCGCCGGCAACAGCUGGGAUUAUGUUCGGCGUCGGGGCAUCGGCAGCAAGACUGGAGGCUGAUCGGAAAACGCAGCUUAACUUGCGCAGAAUCGCUUUGCUGAUCCUGUCUAAUUUAGAAGAUCAGUUUGUCACGGAGCUCCCUUCACUGGUGCAAAAGCUGGAAGACCUUCUUCAAGCCACGCAUUCAUCCUCACCAUCGUCGGCUACCAGGGCAGAAAUAUUCAUGGUCCUCCGGGCGCUCCUGUUGAAGACAUCGACAAUCCAUUUAGCGCCAUUCUGGCCGCUGAUCAACACCGAGUUGCAAGAAGCAAUUUAUGCUGUGCCUCAGCACCAGCAGUCCGAACUGUACCAGCCUUAUUCAUUGUUACAGGCGUGUAAACUACUCGACACACUGCUGCUCCUCGUUCCCGAUGAUUUUCAACUGCAAGAAUGGCUCUUUGUCACCGACACCAUCGACGCGAUUUACCCGCCCGGCCGAUGGGAGCCUGUCGCGCUGGCUGACGAGGUAUCUCGCAGUCUCGGUACUCACUAUUCAGCAUCUCCGGCCCCUGGGGAUUUGGGCGAUAAGCACGAGGGGGUGAAAAAGCCCACUCUCAAUUCAGAUCGGACCCGCGAGACGGCCAAGGAUGAGAUUGUCGAUCGGAUUCUGAAACCAUUCUUUGGGCAUUUGAGCAUCCAGGCAUUUGAAAGCACGUACGGCAUGGGUGUGCCUGAUCUCGAGGCAUGUACGGAGGAUUUGCUGGCGGAUCUCUUCAACGAAAGCACUAUGGCGAGCUAAGAAUACAACGCCUUCUUGCUUAAUUAAGAUACCCUUCAAAUGUUGAAGUUCAUUGGCUGCCUUCACAGGGACUUAACACCUAGCCCCUUUCUCUUUCUUAAUAAGUCAGUUAUGACGGCCAGCAAAUGGGAAUAAUGCCGAAUACAUACGGACGUGUAAAUAAAAUCUGUUGCCACCUCUAUAUUAUAUUACACGAACUAACUAUUACUAUCGAGCUUUGAGUGCUUUAAAUUAAC